AUGCUGUCUCCCGCCAAGCGGCAACAGCCCGAGGCGGUUGCAGACAAGGUCCUCAAGCGGGUCGAAGUCAGCAAGAUUGCCCGAAGGCUGCAAGGAUGCCUCGCCCUCGCCCAGUUCAAGACCAAGCACGGUUGGGAAGACCUCACCCUCGAUACCAUUGAGCCCAAGGUGGAAGAGCAGAUAAGGAGACGGCGCCAGUUUGAGGGCGACGUCCUGUCCGACUCGUCCUCUAGCACAUCCGACCUCCCAUACCCAUCACGAGCUCUCAUGAGCUCGCCGAUGAAGGCGCCCUUCUUCUCCGACGCUGUCGGCUCCAGCAACGGCAGCACCGGCCACCGCAAGCGGACCUACAUGGCCACAUUUGACAUGGCCAUGUCCAGCCCGACCAAACGUUUCAGAAUCUCGCCCACCGCCCACAAGUCCUUCCACACAGACGAGAACCCAACGAGAGCUCACAGGCAACUGAUCCAGUCCUCUCCCAUAAAACCUCGGCGCCAACAACACUUUACCACUUCCAACGGCCCUGAUGUGUCAUUUUUUCGGGGGACCCGCCGCCCCUCCGUGGAUCUGACAUCGCCCAAUUUUGCGGCACCAUCUGAUGACGACGAUGACAUCCUUGGAAUACACUCCUUCCGUGUCGAUGCAAACCGGUCCUCGCCUCCACGGACACCUCCUAUGCGUAACCGGAGCCUCAACCGCCGGUCUAAUAAGGAUCGCAACGGCGUCGCCACAGGGGCCAAGUCGGGUGAAGAAGGCGCAGACCUACUCCUGUACCUCGCUGCCUCGCCAUCGCCGGCGAUGCCUUCGGGCAGGACACGCAUGGAGCCUCCCUCGACGCCUCCGUCCAAGAAGGACCUCGCCCUCCCGUCUUCGAUGAUGACCACUCCCGGUGGCGGCAACCUGUUCCCCACAACACCCGGCCAGCCGUUCGACCUGUCGGACUUUGUCAACAUCACCCCAAGCCCAGCUCAAAAGCAGUGGAAGACUCCUGGAGGGUUUUCUGCUGCACGGACGCCCCGCAGCUUGACACGAGCACGGCUCACCUUUGAUGAACCCUUGCAGCUCAACGGCCUCUAA